AUGGCUUUCAAGUUUGUGCUCCUAAUUUGCGUAGCAGCAGCAACGCAGGGAAUCGUUACCGCUGAAUUCAACUACAAUCCCGAUCUAUAUAAUGGCAACAAUAGCAAUAACAACCAAAACAACGGCGUGUAUAAUAUAAAUAGCUACAACGAUAAUGUCAAGCAGCCGGCCAACAGUUACAAUGCGCCAUUGGCAGCCCUCAACGCCUUUAAUGGUAAUGCGCCAGCGCCAUCACAACAACAACAACAGCAGCAACAACCAAAUUCCAAUGGUUAUAAUUACAACCCAAAUAAUUAUAACAACAACGCAGCUCAACAGCAACCAGAGAACCAACAAGGGCAGUCAGCGAGACAGAGCAACUAUGAUUUCAACAACGGCGCAGCCCAAAAGCAGCUCCCUAACUCCGUACCCACACCGGCUGGCUACGACUACAGCCCACAAAACUUUGCCGGUCUCACGUCAUCAUCGUCGGCUUCUGCUUCGGCCUCGGAAUCUGAUGCUACUUUCACCAAACUUGAGACAUCCUUCAACUCACAAGCUCACCACCGCGCCGCACCUACCGCAGCACCAGUGGAGGAAUACAAUCCACCCGCCAAAUACGAUUACAGCUACAAUGUGCAUGAUGACGAGACCGGUGACAUUAAGUCCCAUGCUGAAGCCCGUGAUGGCUACUUCGUGCAAGGCUCGUACAGUGUGGUCGAUCCAGAUGGUUUCCAGCGCACCGUUACUUACACGGUGGAUGGGCCUAGUGGGUUCAAUGCCGUCGUUAAUCGUGUGCCAUAUGCCAUCAAAGCCGCGCGUACAAUCACCCUGAGCGCGCCAGCUUCCUCUGUCGCACCCGUUACUAAGCUAGCAGAGUUGCCACUUAGCAAUGACAUUUCGCUAACAGAAUCUUCGGCAGUUUCAGCAUCAUCCUCCUCGGCUGCAGAGCAGAAAGCAAUUGAUACAGUAGGUACUGAAUUACCAGUACAACCACAUGACAGUUACUUGGCGCCCCCAGUCGAUUCCCGUGACGGUAAAGGGCCUUACCCGUAA